AUGGCCAUUACUGAUCCUGACCCCCAAGUUGACCCUGGGCUCAUGGGCUCGGAAGAAUUCCAAUGCCUUCUAGACACCACCAUGUCCAAAUCUAUUUCCAAGGCCAUAUCAUCAGCCAUGGGCGCUAUGUCCUCUACCAUCUCGGACUCCAUUACACAAGCACUCAAGCAGGUCCAACCUCACACUACCCCUGCCUUUACCCAUACCCCUCCUGAAGGGACGCUACCAGGACGCAAAGCGCUAACCAAACGCAGACAUUCACAAGACCCCCCCCAUGCAG